AGUAAAUAAAAUGAUAGGAAUUAUUAAAGUUUUAAUUCUUUAAUAAUUAAUAAUCUUUAAAAUUUUUCCAUUAUAUAUACCUAUAUGUAUAAUUUUUUUUUAUUGAAAUCGAGAAUUUAAAAAUAUAUAAAUAUAUUAAAAAAUUAUAAUUAUUCAUAAAAAUAUAUAUAAAAAAAGAUAUAAUAAUAAAUUUAUUAUUAUUAUUGAUAUAUUUUUUUAUGUUUGAUUUUAAAUAUAAUAUUUAAUUUUUUUAAAUACAAGUUAAUAUUAAAAUAUUGCUAUCUAUUUAACAAUCAUAAAAUACUAUAAAUAUAAAAAAUUGAAAUAUAGAUUGAAUAGAAUUUAGCUAAUAGCCAUCGUUGUUCAAAUAAUCUUGAUUUUAAAUAUAUAACAUUUUAAAAUGAAAUAUUCUACAUCACCACCAGUAAGUAGGUGUAAUUCUCCUGGUCCUAGUGAAACAAAUUCAAAUUUACCCAUGCCAGUAACUUACAGGCAAGAUUGUAUGGGUGCAGCAACAAAAUGUUACAAGUAUUUAAGAAAAUUAUUAAAAUUUGAACAAAUGGAUUUUGAAUUCGCUUUAUGGCAAAUGAUUUUUUUAUUUAUAUCACCACAAAAAGUAUAUAGAAAUUUUCAAAGUAGAAAACAAACAAAAUCUCAAUUUGCAAGAGAUGAUCCUGCAUUUUUGGUGUUAUUAAUGUGUUGUCUAUGUAUAUCUUCUGUUGGUUUUACCAUAGUUUUGGGAUUAGGAUUUCUUCAAUUUAUAAAAUUAUUAUUUUAUAUGAUAUUUAUUGAUUAUCUUGCAGCUGGUUUGAUAGUAGCUACAAUAUUUUGGUUUAUAACAAAUCAUUAUUUAAGAAUUGAUAAAACUCAGGAUGUAGAAUGGGGUUAUGCAUUUGAUAUACAUUUAAAUGCAUUUUUUCCACCUUUAAUUAUACUCCAUAUCGUACAAUUAUUUUUAUACAAAGGUUUUAUAAAUUAUGAUACAUUUUCAUCACGAUUUGUUGGAAACACAAUCUGGUUAAUAGCUGUUAGUUACUACAUUUACAUAACAUUCUUAGGUUACACAAGUAUGGAAAUAAUUCAUAAGACACAUAUGAUAUUAUCAACAUUACCAAUAAUAUUACUGAUAUACAUUAUGACAUUAUGUGCAGGAAUUAACAUUAGUCAUUUAGUUAUGGAAUUUUAUCAUUAUCGAGUUGUUUAAAUAAAAUUUAUGCUUUUAUUACAAAAA